AUGCCGCGCGACGACGACGACGACGACGCCUUCUGCGUCGUCCUCGACGCGCGCGGGCGCGUGCACGGCGCCGCGAUCGACGGCGACGAGGGCGCGUACUUCGCGACGCGCGCGCGCGACGCGUUCGCGCGCACGGCGGCGCAUCGCGCGCGACUCGCCGAUUCGUGUCGGAAGAUCGACGCGCUCGGAACGCUGUGGCUCGGCGCGCGCGACGCGCCGCGGUGCGCGCUGGAGCGAUUCGUGAAAUCGGUGUACGACGCGCACGCGCGAGGGGUGACGCGAGACGACGCGCGGUCGGGGGUGGAGUUUUGGGCGCGGACGCGAGCGACGGCGGCGCACUGGGACAAGGACGAACGCGCGCGGGAGAUCGCGGGCGUGUGCGUGACGCCGCACGUGUCGACGGUGACGUACGUGGAGGUCGAGGAGAGCGCGCGCGUGGCGCCGACGGUGGUGUUCGAGGGGCUGACGGCGCGAGGAAGGCCGGACGCGGAGGCGAGGGACGAGGCGGGCGCGCGGUGCGAACGCGCGGCGGUGAUGAUACCGAAGGCGGGCGCGCACUUCAAGUUCGACGGACGGUUUUUGCACGGCGUGUUCGAUGAAUUCGCGAGCGGGGACGUCGACGCGUCGGCGGCGCGAGUGACGCUGCUGGCGAAUAUUUGGUUCGAUCACGUGCCCGUCGGCGUCGAGCGCCUGGACGAGUCGCUGGCGGCGACGCUCGGAGACGACGAGAGUUGCGUCGCGAACGAGGCGGCGACGGAGAUGACGACGCGCACGAUCGCUUCGAGCGAGUUUGCGACGACGCCGAUGAAGGAUGUCGCGUUCGGUCCGUCCGGAGGGGAAUACGAGCUCGUCGGCGCGGAAUUUCCCUUUGACGAGUUGCGCGAAAGCGCCAAGGGCGAAGAGGGCGAAGAACGCGUUCAUUUGUUCUUCAUCACGAACGAAGCGGGCGUGCGCAUCAAGCUGAGGGAUGACGACGAGCCGGCGUCGAAGCGCGUGAAGAUGUAG